UUGAGGUGGAUGAGGAAAAUUCUGUCAAUCUAUUUCCAUAUUCCCACUAAAAUAUCUUUUUAAAAGUUAAUGGUUUAUUAUCCCAGUGGUUCGGUUUUUUUUUGCAUACGUAUUUCUACAUCCUCUACAUCUGACGCAUCGGGUAGCAGAAGCUAGCAGACGCUACAAUAAAAAACAAAUGAAGUUGUUUUCGCUCGCUGUCAAACAAACAACAACGUCAAACGAAAAUCAAUGAUACGCGUGUUGAAUGCAACAAUCUAAUUUAUCCUUGACAGUUUGUAGGUAUAGAAUCGAUUACGAGUCUGCUGAACCUCGCACAAGAGCGGCAUCUUGAAACUUCAUCCUGACAAUGGGUCUUUUGGCAAUCCUCAGGAAAUUGAAAUCGUCCCCUGACAAGGAAUUACGUUUGCUAUUGUUGGGAUUGGACAAUGCAGGAAAAACAACCCUUCUGAAGAGCCUUGCAUCAGAAGAUAUAGCUCACAUAACUCCUACCCAAGGGUUUAACAUAAAAUCAGUUCAAUCUGAAGGUUUCCGUUUGAAUGUUUGGGACAUAGGAGGUCAAAGAAAGAUAAGACCCUACUGGCGAAACUACUUUGAAAACACAGAUGUUCUUAUUUAUGUAAUUGACUCUGCUGAUCGGAAGCGACUGGAAGAAACUGGACAAGAACUGGAGGAACUGCUGUCAGAGCCAGCCAUGUCGGGGGUGCCUCUUCUGGUCUAUGCCAACAAGCAGGAUCUUUUGCAUGCAGCACCUGCCUCUGAGAUAGCCACUGGUCUUGGUUUGCACACAAUCAAAGACAGGCCAUGGCAGAUUCAAGCCUGUUCGGCCACAGCUGGAGAAGGAAUCAAGGACGGUAUGGAGUGGAUCAGCAAAACAGUAAAGAAGAAGUAGUCUGCUCCAGAUCAUAAGUGUGAAGUUAAAUGCAACAUUUCACUUUCUUUUUUAAUUUUAUGAGUUAAAGAAUCCUUUGAUCAAGACAUAAUUAUUGUGAUGCCUAUUCCGUCCACUGUAGAUGUUAAUUAAUUGUGAUUCUAAGCUUAUAAAAUUGUAUCUUAUUUAUUUAUCUUUUAAAAGUGGCCUCAUAUUACGUAUUAAAUAUGAAGCACAGUUUUUAAAUCAAUGAGUGUGCACUUAUGUACAAAGAUUAAUUUGUUGUGUGAUAUGCACCAGUUUGCUGUGAUUUCUUUCUUGAUCUCUUUUUUUCUCCCUUCAUUUUUGUUUAAUCUAAGUUGCACAAAUGUUUGUCAAUUAUCUAGUCAGUGAUCAUGAUGUAGUGAAUUAUCAGAAUUUUAUGAACCAAUUUUGAUUUGAAAAUGCAAAAUGUUUAUUUAUAAGAGUCUGCUAAGAGUCUAUCAUUGUUCCAACUUUUCAAGUUGUCACAGUUACUGAAAGGGGUGAUUUGUUUGUACCACAAUUCUGGGAAGUGGAAAUAAGCAAAUCCAAAACUAACUAACUAACAGUUUAUUCUUUCUCAAAAUAAUCAAGGCAUAAUUUUUAUCAUAGUUUCAUUGGCCUACAAAAUAAAUAACAGUAUGAUACAAAGGUAAGUUUUAAUGUAAAACAGUACCUAUUUACCUAGCAACAUGGAUCGAUUUCCAGGAAGAAGAGUUCCACAUGCACUGCCAAUGCAUCACAUGUUAAUUAAUGCU